AUGCCGCGUGGAAGCCGAAGCCUCUCUUCCCGGGUGGCCCCUCCGGCCAGCCGGGCCCCUCAGAUGAGACCUGCUCCUAGACAAGCGCCUGCAGCUCAUCUUCCAGCAACAGUGACUGAACCAUCUGCAGUUGGCUCACCUGCUGCUGCACCCCGGCAACCAGGCCUGAUGGCCCAGAUGGCGACCACUGCAGCCGGUGUGGCUGUGGGCUCUGCAGUGGGCCACACCCUGGGUCAUACCGUCACUGGGGCCUUCAGGGGAGGUGCCAGUGCUGAGCUUGCAAGGCCUGACAUCACUUACCAGGAGCCUCAGGGAGCCCAGGUGAUGAACCAGCAGUCUUUUGGACCUUGCUCUCUUGAAAUCACACAGUUCCUGGAGUGUGCCCAGAACCAGAGUGACGUCAAGCUCUGCGAGGGCUUCAACAAAGUGCUGCGGCAGUGCAGAAUUGCAAAUGGUUUAAUUUAA